AUGGCGCCAAAUGCAAGAAGAUGGCCCUCAAGAGAAGGCUUCACGGCUGAUGCACUGGGCGACUUCAUCUCCCGAAGUCUCCUAGACCCCUGGAAACUACUCCCCAUUAUUGCUCUGGCUCAUUACACAGCUCAAGGCCGUGAUAUUGCCAAAUCACGCCCAAAUCUCUACAAGGCCCUCAAAGUCCUAACAGCCCAUGGUCUCAUCAACUGGCUGAACAACUGGCUCGACCAUCGCACGAUAAACAAUAGUGUCAGCGACGCGUACAACUGGCACCGCGAAACUGUAAUCCUAACAGGUGGCAGCAACGGAAUCGGCCGACGCAUCGCGGAGCUGCUCGGGGCGCGCGACAUCAAAGUCGCCAUCCUGGACAUUGCCCCCCAGCAAGUGAGGACCAACAUUGCAGACGUAGCGUCCAAGAUCCGGGCCUCAUUCGGCCGACCCAGCAUCCUAAUCAACAAUGCUGGCAUCUGCACUGGCAAAACAAUCAUCAAAACAACCGCAGCCCAGACGCGCCGCAUGUUCGAAGUCAACACGUUCGCACACUACUGGCUCGCGCAGGAGUUCCUGCCAGAUAUGAUUGAGGCGAACCAUGGUAUGGUUGUUACAGUUGCUUCACAGGCUGGAUACACCGUCACGCCUAAUAUGGUCGAUUACUCAGCAUCCAAGGCUGCGGCUAUUGCGUUCCAUGAGGGACUUGGUGCGGAGCUGGUUACACGAUACCAUGCGCCCAAGAUUCGGACUGUGCUUGUUACCCAGGGCUUUACUAGGACCAAUCUUAUUAAGGAUCUGACCCCUGAGGAUACUUGGUUUAAUCCCCUGCUUCACCCUGAGACUGUUGCCGAGCAGCUUGUUGAGCAAGUGCUCAAGGGUGAGAGUGGACAUGUUGUUGUUCCUGGAUCUGCUGGAUGGAUUGCAAAGAGAUUCAGGGGACUGCCUGCGUGGUUACAGCAUUCGUUGAGGUGUAAGUUGGAGAAGUUGAUGAGGGCUGAUUAG